UUUAUAUUCUAAUCAAUUAACAUUUCAAACUUAUUAGUAUUAAACCCACACUUCAUCCCUCCUCCACUCCAAACUGAUCAGAAAAAGAAGAAAGAAAUAUUACUUCAAACUUCAAACUCAACCCUCCACAUAUGGAGGCUCCAACAACUGAUGAUCAUCCAUGCAAUCAUUCUCAUCCUGCAUCCUCAACCAUCAAUCAUUCAUCUGCAUCAUGCAUCAUAAAUUCAACAUCAUCAAACACCCCAAGAACAGAUCAUCAAAUGGAAGAAGAGCAACACCCCAAGAUCAAGAACCCUGAUCAUCUUGCACUGGAUCUCACCCUCCUCCCCAACAACGACUCAGAUCAUACUUCAUCAAAUCAAGAACUCAACCUUUUCCACACAAACCCUUCUCAGAAUCCGGGGAAUGAACCGUUGUCGGAGGCCCGAGUUUUCUCAUGCAACUACUGCAACAGGAAAUUCUACAGCUCGCAGGCUCUCGGUGGUCACCAGAAUGCCCACAAACGAGAACGAACCAUGGCGAAGAGGGGUGGCGGCGCCGCCUCCUUCAGCCGCCACGACGCGGCGGCACACUUCUACCCGAGCAUGGCUUCUCUCCCUCUACACGGCUCGUCCUUUAACAGGUCUCUUGGGAUUCAGGUCCACUCCAUGAUCCAUAAGCCGAGCUUUUCAGCCUCGAGUGUUGGUAGGGUGCCGAUAUACGGGCAUUCGGGUUGGGCAAGAAAGCCCCUUGAUCAGCAGCCGGCGAUAGGGCGGCUGACGGCGGAGAACCACCAGAUUGGUGCUUCAUCGAGCGGCGGAGCAGCUAGGUUUGACGGUGGGCGGAGGUUACCUCCGGCGGUGGAUGGGGUUGGAGGAUUCGGAUGGGAUAGCACUGGUAAUUCUCAUUUGAAGAGUAGCAAUCAAGAAGAGUUGAAAAAGUUGGAUUUGUCUCUCAGACUCUAAUUACUUCAAUUUAGUGCCUUAAUUGCUUAAUUUUCGAUUUUGCUUUGCUUUUUUCCUCCUCACUCUCACUUAGAUUUUUUCAAUUCUUUACCCUGAAAAUUUUCUUAGAAAUAUCUUUUUUUAUUCACUAUUCUCAAUGUAAAUUCUGAUUAUUCAUUUCCAUAGAAAGUAAUAUUAGUUCCUA